AUGGUGGCAGUUCAUAAGGUCAGGUACAACGUCAUAAUGAUACUGGGCCCUGAACAGACACCAAACGAAAAGACAACGUUGGACAACUGCGGUCUUGCCCGUAGAAACUUGGUGUUGCUCAAAGCAGUCCACACAAACUGCGACAGUUGGAACAUGAACAGAUAUCCUCUAACCCUUCUGAAAAUGGCGAACAUGGCCAUUUCGUGGAACACGGCACUCAAGAAAAAAGUAAAUAAUGUAGCUUGGCUCUUGCUCAAAUGCAAUGCGCCCAUGGAGCUGUGGUACACGUGUCUUAGUAAAAAUUUGUGA